CAAGAAUCAAACGUCUAAAGGCGGCUUAUUUCAGACGGUAAGAUGGCCGACGAGGACCUUGUUAUGAUGCUAUGUGCAAAGAGCAGAAGACAUUCAACAAGAACAGCUUCCAUGAGUACUCUACAUGUGAAGGAAUCAGAAAGACUGCACAAUGUGGGAGUUUUGCAAGGUCUGGUACCAGGAAAGGUAUCUGAACUCUGCCUUAUGCACUUAUCCCGAUUACUGGACCUGGAUGGUGAUAAGUUUCAAGCACUUGCCAUGAAAAACAAGGCACCAUCUCGAAAACCCUUUCUAGGCUCACCUUUCAGGAAAAAGUACAGACCAGUGAGCCAUGUUGAUGGAGUCCCCACAGAGAGUGUGUCCCAUAUCUACAGGCUCAUAACGUUUCUGAGCAAACCACAAAUCAUAAAAGAAGAAGGCCUCUUCCGCAAGACCGGUAACAUCUCCCGCCAGCGAUUCCUGAAGGAAUGGUUGUUAUCCCGAUGUGAGGAUCUCAGCAUGGGCUGUUGUAGCCCUAAUCACUUCACUGCGCAUGACUGUGCAAAUGUGCUCAAGACGUUAUUAGCUGAGCUGCCUAACCCUCUCCUAACAGAAAGACACUUUGAGGCCUACCGUCAGGCAAAUGAAUUCAAAGCUCGGGGCUUACCAGAUGCCAGCCGGCGCCAGCUCAAAGUAGUUCAGCUGUUGAUGCUUCUGCUGCCACGGGAAAAUGUUGUCUUGGUGGAGCUGCUGAUGUCACUUCUUUAUCAGGUCUGCCAAGAGCCCAGCAACAAGAUGACAGCUACUGCUUUAGCAACCAUGUUUGCCCCUCAUCUCCUGUGCUCUCGAAAGCUGGAUCCUGAAGAGUUUCAAAAGGAAGCAGCUAUCGCUACAGAGGCAGUCACUUUCAUGAUAGAGCAUGCCCCAGAUCUCUUCAAGGUACCACCAGAGCUGGACCGUGACAUUCACAGUUACCUAGAUACUCUAAAAAUUGAGUCAGAUGAUGGUCAGUUGACACCAUUGAGUACUCCCAAGGGCAAAGCAGAGAGCCCAGUGCACACUGUAGUGGCUUAUGCCUGCCAAGUUAAAAGUGAGGAUUCAAACGCCAACUCAGACACUCAAGUGGCCCUUGCUGAACUAUAUGCACACAUGCAGUCCAUGCCCGAGUGUUCACAAAAGAAGAAACUGCUUAGAAAAUUUAACCACAAUGUUCUGACACCACAAAGUAAGGGCAAACACACUCGCAGCAAGACUUUAGGCUCAUCUCUCAAGAAGCUGAAAAAUUUGUCAGGAUUUAGUCGACACAAACAUUUGUUGUCAAUCAGUUCAGAUGAGGGAACACCUUGGGGACUUAUACCUAUAGGUAUAGAGGAGCAGGUGACAGAUGGCGCUACCAUCAUUACAUGUAAAAACACUCUGGCAGCAAGAAGCAGCAGCAGCAUGAGAAGUCUCAUCACUGAAGAUGAUGUGGCUACAUCCUCAAGUGUAGCUGGAGAUGCACCCACUCCUCGGGGCAGACGACAAAAGCGCCAGCAACAGAUUCCAACAAGUGGAGACUGUACUCCUCCCAAGCAAGACUGUAAGGAGACUGAACACCAAGAAAGCACACCUUCAUGUAGUAUUGGAUCGAGAGGCAAGGCCAAUUCUAAAUGUAAGCUGAGGGAGUCACCUUUGCCUUGUUCUGAAAAUGAAAUCAGCUACCUGCAGGUUGAUUUGCAUCAGGAGAAACUGCCACUUUAUGUACGUCAGCUGGCUGUCUCUCCUGUCAAAUUACGCAACCGAAUCUGCCGGUCACCAAAGGACCCUUGUUCUCGACGUGCACAGAGCCUGGUAUUGUCUCCCACAACACUGGAAACCUCACUGUGAUGAUGGAUCACUGAACACCACUUGUGACAUUUCGCUAGAAAUUCCCCAUUCAAGACAUGUCUUGCUCUAUGCCCUGAGUGACACUUCUCAUGAUAAAUCAGUGGAGACUUCCUUUUCUGAGUGUGCCUCGGUGGACACCGUUAAUGACACACCACUGGAAAAGUCAGCAGAUCUUUUCCUGUCAACAUAAGUUUCACGGGAAACAUUAGCAGAUCUCUUCCUGUCAGCAUAAGUGUCGCAGGAAGCCUGUUCUGCUACAUGGCACCAUGCAAUCUGCUAUGGAUACCAUUAACAACACAUCAUUGGAGAUAUCACCAGAUAGCUUCUUGUCAAGCUGGUUUCACAAGGAACCUGUAUUGACACAUGACUAUAUGCUAUAAACUGCAUACAAUCUGCUGUAGAUAACUUACUGAGAAUAUGAUCAAGGAUAUUUUUUGAAAGGUAUUGGGAAUUAUGAAUAUCUUCUGGCUAACGGCUUAAAGGGUUGAAAAUGCAUACUGAAAAUGCAAAAUAAUUUCAUAUUAGCAUAAUUGGCAGCUCUAUACUUCCACUUGAUACCUGACUACUUGACCAGAGGACUGUGGGAUAAACAGAGACCCAUGCUCUGAGACAGUUGCUAAGAGACUGCAGAUUAAGACAUGGAGAACUUUACACGACAGUGCAUUUGGGCAGAAAUAAUUUUGUGAACUAAGAAGCAAGGAAAUAAGAUUAGAGUCGUAAAUAGGGAUGCCGGUGUUUCCAUUCGUAACAAUGCCUAUGUUUUUGUGUAUAGUAGUGCCAGUGUUUCCAUACACAACACUGCUUGUAUUUCAGAGGAUAUUUAUGUCUGCAAAGAAGAAACGAGUCAUGCAACUUACCUCAACAAUCUUUCUUUCUAAUAAGUUUUUCAUUUUUAUGAAAGGCAUGUCUUGUGGUUGUGCAUCAUUGCAAGAGAUUCCAACCCACUUUUUCUUCUUUUUUUUUUUUUUUUUUUGUUGUUGUUGAACUAAUGAGGUCCUGUUUUGGCAAGGUAUUGUAUUUUCUUUAGUGAUUAAACAUACAGGGGAUAGUAUCCUUCUUUGUUCAAUAUAACUCAGACAUGUAACUGCAGGAUUCAGACUUAGGUGCACCUUUUAAUAUUAAAUAAUAGCUCAGUUCUUCUCACAUAACAAUUUGAGUUUAGUGUCACAUGACAAAGGUUCACAAUGUUGAAACUUUUACUGAUAUGAUUGUACAGUGUUGCAGACCAUCAUUGUUAUGUAAAAUAUUGAUAUACUUAAUACAGCUGUCUUUAUCAAUGACUCUUUUGCCACUGGCAGUGGGUUUCAUCUAGGAUGCUAGAAAUCUCAAUCCUUUCCUUGCAUUGUCAAAUGCUUUCCAGUCAACAGUGGAAAUUGCAUGUCUGUGCAGCACACUUCCCAUUUAUUUUGAGAAAACCAGUCUUUUGCAUAUGCAUUUAUCUCUAAGACCAAAUUUGCUUUGAAUUUCAAAAGAAAAAUGGCAGAAUCUAUAAAUAAAGGCAGUUUUUGUUUUAUUUUUUUUUUCACUGGGUGUACUGUGGUGAAAGUCUUUGGUCUGCACAUAGUUGCCCUUUGCACAAGAUAUAAGAAUCUUAUUUUCUGAGUGUACUUAUGUAAAAGUCUUUGUGUGUUGGUGUAUUUGUACAAAGUAUGAGAUUCUUAUUUUCUGAAUGCACUUAAAAUAAAAGUCUUUGAACUGUGUAUAGAUUUAUUUAAUGCGAGGUAUACGAUUCUUAUUUUUUCAUUGCACUUGUAAAAGUCUUUGAUAUGUGUAUAGAUAUAUUUUGCACACAGUAUAAAUUUUUUUAAAUUUUAUUUGUUUGCCUCAGUCAUUAAUAUACCUUUUGUACUAAGCAUGGGUGAAUUUUGUGCAGGGUAUAAAAUCACUAUGUAUUUUUGUGCUAGAUAUGACUGUUUUAUUGGGUAUGUAUUUUGUACAAAGUGUGUCAUGAUUGGAAGGAGUGCCGUUUGCUUUGGGUUUAAGUGAUUGAUUGGGCAUUAGCCCUCCAAGUUCUUUCUAUAGACAAUAAAGAUAUCCAUCUUUUCUGUAAACGUUGCUACCCACAAUUGGGCUUCCGUCCUCAUGCCUCUUAUUGUUCUAAGGCUUUUUCACCGAAAUAAAAUACUCUCCUAUCACAAUAAAAACAGGACAUGAAAGCCUCUGCUGUAUCAGCAGUGAUAUUUCCUGGUAUACUGUUUUUAGUGACUAACUGUGAAUCCUGUAUAUGUGGUGAAAAAGGCUUUAAAUUCCCAACCCUGUUAUUUUAAAAUGUAAUCCCAUCAGCAUAUGGAAAUAAUUCCUGAUUUGCAUAAAAUACUCAAAAUAGUGUGCUAACCUAUAAAUAGAAUUGGAAAAUUAGUAACUAUUCUUUUUCAGACAUCAAAACCUAUUAAAAAUCCAUAGUUGAAAUACUAAAGGUUGAAAAAGGGUGCUUUUUUAACUGACAAAGUUUGCUGACUGAUCAAAGAUAAAAAUCAUACUUGUGCUCAUUUUGUGGAGAGGGAUUGGGGAAUAAGAGAGUGUGUGCGUGUAUGAUACCUGCUGACUUAAAAAAAAAGCGAGAAUGAUAUCUAGACUGUGUAUUUAGGGACUUUAAAAUAAUCACUUUUUUCACAUUUUCCUCUGCUUGCUAUUAUUUUUGUCGUGUGAAAUGGACAGCUACAGGGUUUUUUUCUGGUGCACCAGUCUAUACCAGCAAGCACAUUUGAUGUGAGACUUGUGUCAGCACUGUGUUGUAACAGUGUAUGUUGUGCUCUGGAGUACACAAAUUAGCAAAACUAAUGUUAGUUUCAUUUAAGUUAGUUUUUAGUUUAUUCCUUGUUACUCCUCAAGGAGCAUAGGGCCGCAACACCAUACACCUUACCAGCGGACCUGGUUUUGGGCAGCAGCCCUUGUGGUUCAUGGGUCCAUGUGGUUCCGACAUCCUUCACCUCGCUCUCUACUGUUCUUCUCCAAGUCUGCAUUGGUCUCCCAACUCUCGUCUUCACCUGAUGACUCCAGUCAAGUGCCUGUCUGGCAAUGGUGUCGGCUGGUUUGUGCAGAGUGUGUCCAUUUGUGAUUUGUGAUGUCUUGGCUAGUGGCAUUCUGGUUGGUUCUUUUCCAUAGGCUGCUGUUGGAGAUCUUUUCAGGCCAUUUUAUUCCCGGAAUAUGGUGUAGGCAUCAGUUGGUAACGGUCUGGAGCUUGUUGAUGGUGUUUGUCACUCCAGGUUUCAUUUAAGUAUUUAUGUGAAUUAAACUGUGAAACAGAAACUGAUAUACUCCAUUUCACAAUCAUUUGUAAACUCUGGUUGAUAUAUUGCUAAUAGUAUAAUAAAUAUAAACACAUUUAA